AUGUCCUUGCCAUCAAGCGUACAUCUGCAUCAAGCCGACGCGCUCUCCAUCUCCUCUCUUUCCUGCGCUUUCCAAUCCAUUCGGAAGCACGGCAAGGUGGACCUGAUCGUCUCUUCGCUCGGAGCUUUGCCUGUUUUCGAGUGGAAAGGCGGACUGAAACCUCGUCUGCAAGCAGGUCUGGAGAGGAUAUGUGCCGAUGGAACAAAGAACUUGCUCGAUGUGAUGCGGGACUCGACGGCACACACGCCCGCGUUGAUCGUUGUCAGUUCCAACGGUAUCGGCCACGAAUCGCUAGAGAGGCUGCCUUGGAUUCUGAGAGUCUUCUGUAAGUGUCGAGAUGAGCCAUGUGCGCCCAUGGUAGUACAACAGAGCUCGCAGCUGACGACGCAACUCCCGCCCUGCUCCAGACCACCACUUGCUGACCUAUCCGCAUGCCGACAAGCACGAGAUGGAAGAACUGUUGCAUAGAGCGUACGGACUGCACUCCAACGAUUUCAACCCCAGCGCCAAGUCCAGCUCGGAGCGCUCCGCCGCGCUUUUUGAUCCUUCGAAGCUUCUCAUCGUUCGACCUUCUCUGCUGACCUCCGGUGCUCGGACCGGAAAGUAUCGCAUUUCAGAGGCAGGAAGUACGUUGGACAGUGCGUGGACCAUCUCGAGAGAAGAUGUGGGGCAUUUUAUCGCUGAGAGCAUCAACGAAAGCGCCGGCGAGGCUGAACCAAACGCGCUCAAGCGGAGCGGAGCUUACGUGGUAAGCUACUGA